AUGACCGCGGAAAAGAUUACCUGCUAUUAUACCCAGGAUUUGAUAAAUAUUUCGGGGCUCAGCGAGUCAAGCCUACGGCCUCUGGCAAUCUUGGACCUGGCCUGUGGAACGGGUGUUUUAGAACAGAGCUGGGAACUGACAUGUGGUGACAUCUCACCUGAGCUCACUGGUCAUGUGAAGCAGAAGAUCUCAGAGAGAGGAUGGAGCAAUUCAACUGCUAAGGUGGUGGAUGCGCAAAAUACCGAGCUUCCUACCGGACAUUAUACCCACGUGUUUGCCGCUCUUGCUUUCACUUCCUUUCCCGACACCUAUGCUGCCAUGAAAGAGGUCAUGCGGAUUCUUCAACAGGGAGGAACACUUACGGUUUCAACUUGGCAGCGAACCGAAUGGCUUGCCGUUCUUGAGGCUGCUGUUGCCACAAUCCCGGCGGAUCUUCCAUUCCCAACUAGCAAGGAAUUCAUGUCCUGCAUGAACCCAGGAUGGGACUCGGAGGAUUGUGUCCACUCCAGGUUUGAGGAGGCAGGAUUCCAGAAAGUCCAAGUCACGACAAUCACGAAGCAAUUCGAGACAAGCAUCGAGGACUUGUACAAGAUUGCACAGCCGAUGAUUCCUAUUAUUGUCAGUAAAUGGUGGAGUCAGGAGCAAAGGGAUAAGCACGAAGAGGACAUUUUGCCGGCUCUUCACCGGUAUCUGAAUGAAACUUAUGGAGCGAAUGGCCUGGUGCCGCAGAAGUGGACUGCUGUUUUUGCAACUGGCCAGAAAACAACUUAG